GUUUGCCAGUUAAAAUGCUGGAAUGUUGAUGGUGGCUUGUUUUCUUUUUAACGCUCUGCUGGUGUUCAUCCUUCUUCUUAGUCUAACGCUUGAAGUUGUCUUGCUUCAAAUACCAGUUUGAGAAAAAAAAAAAAAAUUAAACUCGCUGUAAAUUCCUGCAGAUUGUAUCAUCCCAGUGGAAGAGUGGGGUUUAGUGGCGGAAACAGGAUGUGUCUCUGAAAGUACUUCCACUUAAAAAAAAAUGAGAUUUAAUAACAGCUUCACAGCAAAGUGAUUUUUUUUCUAGCAGCAGGAUUAUUUUCUCACUUUCACCUCCUUGUGGUUAAUGCUAGCUGUCCGAUGCUCUGGGUGCUCGUUUCUCAUGCAUGUUUAAAGUUACCUUUAUUUAGAAUGCUCUUAAAUUUUAUUGGACACUGUGCAUGUAAGCUAUGAACAGUUCUUUGAAAAAACGUAUUGAUAGUUGGGGUGUUUGGUGAUAUCAGAGAUUGUAUAUAGUCAUAAUUAAAGUAUGUGUAACUACAAGGAUUUGGGGGGUUUUAUGUGUAACGUGCACUAUUUGUGGAAGUAAGCUAGCGGUUUUAAUACUACCUAUAGGAUACACAGGCUCGUGCCUGCUUGUGCUGUCAAUUUGCCCAUGAGUGGCAUCAUUGUUCUCUGGUCAAAGCUGCAUAAGAUGACCUGAACUUGUGUUCUGGGCUGUGACCUUGACUGAAUGCUAUGUCUAUAAAGCUAAUUAAUUCUUCAAAGGAUAGCUUAAAAUGUCUCUAAAACUUUUUCCACCAUGUAUGUUAUGUUAUUUACUAAUUUGGCUUUAUACUUAGCUGACAUUUAUGGAAAUUUGGAGCAUCUUUUUGAACACCUAUUUGGAGGGUAGAGUACUCGUGCAGUGUUAUGUCUCAAAACUAAAGUUAGUUGCCAGAGCAGCUCAAACCUGAGUACAUAAAGGGUCUUGAUGUAAUUUAUAUGUAUGAAAAGUGGUAUGUCCUGUUUUCCGGUAAGUUGGGAGAGGGAAGCCUCUGAUGGAGGUGGGAGACAAAUAUAGAUAGAACAGAGUUAAACUGUGUAUUCAAAAAGGUUCUGGCUCUUACUACAGUACUCUAGUGAUAACACCAUUUCUAUUACAGGCUGUAGUAUAAUUGAGAGUAAGUAGUAAGGGUACCUUGUUGUCUGAAAACCACCUAACAAAAUAGUAAAGCAUAUUUUCUCAUGCACUUGCAGGAACACAGCGUAUUAAACUGUCUAAGUAACCAUGCUGGUCGCAAGGCUAGUAUGCCUGCGGGCAUUAUCAUGCCAGGCUAUCCGCCCCACCAUUACUCAGGCUUCCCCAGCUGUGAGGAACUCCAAUAUAAAAGCAUACAUGCUGUGGCAGCCUAAUCAGUGUUAUGCCACCAGAGUAAGAACGGGUGUAAGGCGUGGAAAAAUUGGCCAAGAAAUUAAAGAAGCCGCAUUUGAGCCAUCUGCAGAAACGGCACUUAAAGCUGAUCGCCUGGGGAAAUUUAUUGUUGCUGGAGGGGCUGCUGUUGGCCUGGGGGCCCUCUGUUACUAUGGAAUGGGCAUGUCCAGUGAGAUUGGAGCUAUUGAAAGAGCUGUUAUUUGGCCACAAUAUGUGAAAGACAGAAUUCACUCUACUUACAUGUACUUUGCGGGAAGCAUUGGCUUGACGGCACUGUCUGCUGUAGCAGUAAGCAGAUCUCCGGCACUCAUGAGCCUUAUGACAAGAGGCUCCUGGCUGGCAAUAGGUGCAACUUUUGCAGCUAUGAUUGGUGCUGGCAUGUUGGUCAGAUCCAUAUCCUAUGAAAAUAGUCCAGCAGCUAAACAUUUGGCUUGGAUGAUGCAUUCAGGUGUCAUGGGUGCAGUGGUGGCUCCUCUAGCCUUCUUGGGUGGUCCUUUGCUGAUCAGAGCUGCUUGGUAUACCGCUGGAAUCGUUGGAGGGCUCUCGACUGUGGCCAUGUGUGCUCCAAGUGAAAAAUUUCUGAACAUGGGAGGACCACUUGGAAUAGGCUUAGGCUUUGUUCUCGCCUCUUCAAUUGGAUCCAUGUUCUUGCCUCCUACUUCUGCUUUUGGUGCUGGCUUAUAUUCAGUAGCCGUUUACGGUGGAUUGGUACUCUUCGGCAUGUUCCUUCUCUAUGAUACGCAGCAUGUUAUCAAGCGUGCAGAAACUAUUCCAUAUUAUGGAGUAACAAAAUAUGAUCCAAUCAAUGCGUGUAUGGGAAUCUACACAGAUACACUGAACAUCUUCAUUCGGGUGGCCACUAUGCUGGCCAGUGGUGGAGGUGGCAGGAGAAAGUAAACCUAGACUCCUGUUUGCAGCUGUCUGACAGUCUAACUAGUGCACAUUUGAAGUAAAAAUUCAUGAUUACAAGAAGUUUUGCUGCAAGUCAGAAGUUUAAAGGAUAUCAGCAUAUUGUUUCAGUGCAAUGUGAUUCAGAUGUCAUAGUUUUUCUUCAAACGCUUUCCAGCUCUGUGUUUAAAAUAGCGUGAACUGCUUCUGAUUGUAUAUUAUUUGAGGAAAGUAAAUUAUUUUUAAUAUAUG